AUGAAUAUGUUGGAUGAUGAAGAUGACCAAAGCUUUCACGCUACGCGUGACGGCUACUCCCAUUUGAGCGACGUCGAAUGGGAUGCGGUUGAACGAAUGGGUUCGACCAUGGGCAUCCAUGCUGUUAGCGUCAUGCUAGAGGCUCUCAAUAGAGAUGCCCAACAUGCUACUAUCGCCAAGUUCAUUCAAAAUGAACUUGACGCUGAACGCGAGAAAGUAGCCUUGCUUCACCAACAAGGUUCUCAACAAGCAGAGUUGUUGAGAGAACAGGGUGCUCAACAGUUUGAACUGUUGAGACAGCAGCAGGCUGCUGCUGGUGGGUCGAUGCACUCGCGUCGACCCGAAACCUUGAAGAUUGACAUCUCCAAGUAUAGGGGGGUCGAAGAAGACUCCCUCUUGAGAUGGUUCGUCGAAUUGGAUGACGCCAUAAGGGCGCGUCGCAUCGACGACGGGGAUAUGCAAAAAUGCAUUUGCCCAGUCAAAUCUGGCAGGACGUGCCAAGACUUGGGCACUGGGGCUCAAGUUGCACGACCCAUAUGCGUUUGGGUCGUUGGAAGUCUUCAAGUCGCGGCUCAGACAAACGUUUGA